GUGUGUUUUUCUGCCAUUAUGUUUCCGUGUUCGUGAAGUACUCAACAUUUCCUUGAAGAACCCACCUGCUCAUUUUUUCACCAAGAGUCACUGGAUGCACGUCGACAUUUAUGCUUUCAGUUGAUCAAUGAACGGAAACUCAUUUCCAGACUUCUAAGAACAUUUGGUGUAAAUAUACUCUCAAUUAUUACCGGAUCGAGGUCUAUGGACAAGACUUUUUAGUAACAGCACGGUUUAAAGCUGCUGGUUAUUCUACAGGCAAGAUUGUGCCUGCAUUGUCGUUUCUACAAAGCAAACAGGAUCACUAUGAGUCAAUGGAAACAAAUUCAACAGCUGGAUAUCAAGUUUCUCGAACAGGUGGAUUAUUUUUAUGAUGAUAACUUUCCGAUGGAGUUGAGACAGGUGAUGGCCACCUGGAUUGAAAAUCAAGACUGGGAAACAGCCUCAAAUCAUGAAUCCAUGGCUACAGUCCUCUUCAACAAUUUCCUUAUUCAGUUGGAGAGGCAAUGUUCUCAGGAACAGAACUUUCUUCACAGACACAAUCUGAAAAGAAUAUUUCAUCAGAUACAGGUGAAAUACAAGUCAACCCCUCUCCACAUGGCCGCUGUCAUCUGUACCUGUCUGAGGGAAGAGAGACGCAUCUUAUCCACGGCCAGCAUGCAGGAACAGGGUCCUCUGGAGAAGUCAAUGCAAAGCUCAGCGGUCAUGGAAAAGCAGAAAGUCCUUGACAACAAAGUUGCAGUGAUAAAAAGCAGCGUUCAGAUGCUAGACCAGGCAGUGAAGUAUCUUGAAGACAUGCAGGACGAUUUUGAUUUUCGCUACAAGACGCUCCAACUUCGAGAUACAACUGAGAGGAACUCUUUGGCCAUGAAACAGGAAGUCACUACACUUCAGGAGAUACUGAACCGUCUGGAUUUCAAAAGAAAAGAGAUUCUGUCAAAGAUCGCAGAUGUUAUAAAGGAAAUCGACAGCCUGAUUUCCUCGCAGCUUAAUCCAGAACUGAUGGAGUGGAAACGGAGGCAACAGAUUGCCUGCAUCGGAGGUCCGGUUCUGGUAGGACUGGACCAACUCCAGAACUGGUUUACACUCACAGCCCAGAGUCUGUUCCAGAUUAAAAGACAACUUGACAAACUGGGUGAACUGAUUCUGAAGGUCACUUACGAGGGCGAUCCAAUCCCACUCCAAAGGCCCCAGAUGGAGGAACAAGUCAAAUACUUAAUCUAUCAUCUCAUCAAAAGUUCUUUUGUGGUAGAGAAGCAGCCAUGCAUGCCUACACACCCUCAGAAACCUCUUAUCAUUAAGACCCAGGUGCAGUUCACCACCAAGGUCAGAUUACUGGUUAAAUUACCUGAGGUGGAUUAUCAACUCAAAGUCAAGACAACAUUUAACAAAGACCUUCCACCAGGCAAAGUGAAUAGACAGUUCUUCAUCCACACCAACAACACCAAAGUGAUGGAUGUCGAGGAGUCGACUGGCUGCCUUUCUGUCGAGUUCAGACACUUGCAGUUGAAAGAGAAAAAGUGUCCCACCGGAGGAAAAGGAAACGAGGGGCCCCUGUCAGUUACAGAAGAGUUACAUUCUCUCAACUUUGAGGCCAUGCUAAUGUUACAGGGCCUGGAUAUUGAUCUUGAGACUUGUUCCCUGCCACUGGUGGUCAUAUCAAAUGUCAGUCAGCUCCCAGGGGGCUGGGCCUCUGUCAUGUGGUACAACCUGCUAACCGAUGAUCCAAAGAAUCUUGGAUUCUUCAGUAACCCGUUACGGGCGAGCUGGAGUCAACUCUCUGAGGUUCUCAGUUGGCAGUUCUCAAGUUUUGCUGGACGAGGACUCAACAAGGAGCAACUCAACAUGCUCGGGGAUAAACUUCUGGGUCAACAUGCUUCUUAUAAUGACUGUCAGGUUUCUUGGUCCAAGUUCUGGAAGGAGAACAUCCCCGGCAAAUCAUUUAGUUUUUGGCUCUGGCUGGACUCUAUUCUGGACCUUAUUAAGAAACAUUUACUUCCUGUUUGGAUUGAUGGUUACAUUAUGGGAUUUGUAAGUAAAGAGACGGAGCGCGCCUUGCUGAAGGAGAAGGAGCCUGGUACCUUUCUGCUGCGCUUUAGUGAAAGUCACCUUGGAGGAAUUACCUUCACCUGGGUAGAACAGGAUGAAAACGGAGAGCGAAAGUUCAUCUCCGUAGAGCCGUACACCAAAAACCGUCUCAGCGCUUUAGCUAUUGCUGACAUCAUACGGGACUAUAAGGUCAUCGCAGAUGGUGUCGUUCCAGAGAACCCUCUGAAGUACCUUUAUCCUGACAUCCCCAAGGAUGAAGCUUUUGGCAAACAUUAUAUUAGCCAAAAAAACAAAGUUUGUCCUUACAUUCCAACACACUUAGUUCCUGUUUCCCAUGUGAAGGGAUCAGUCCAACACGCAUGCUCCUCUCCUGAACCCCCAAUGUCUCCUGGAAUGUUUGACAUUCUGAGCCAGCACCUCAGUCCUUUUGAGAUUGAAAGCGCUAUGAGUUCACCCUAGAAAGAAAGCAACAUUUUGCUUGGAUCCAGGAUUUCAGAUGGGUUUAAAGCUGGCCAACACCUUAUUCCUGUUUCUUUUCUGGCACUGUGCCACCAUAACUUGUUUUUUUUUCUCGUUUGUAUAUGUCAAAAUACGUCUUUGUAUAGUGUUAAUAUAGAACUGUAUCACAGAUUAAUAAUUCAAGUUAGUAACAAUCAAUUUACUGUACAUAUGGCUGAAAGUCUCAUCUGUAAAAUAAUUUUGUCCGGUUCUCCCAAAAGUUCUGCCUUCACAUUAUAAUACAGCUUACUGUAUGUACAUAUUUGACAUGACCAAUAUCAGAUAUGCUCUAUUGUAUAUUUUUAAAAUAAAAAUCUCAACAUUG